AUGGGCGGCGGGGCGAUGAGGGCGGCGGCGAAGGUGGCGGGGAUCAAGGUGGGCAACGGCGGCGUCCGCAGUAUUAAGUCGGAGCAGCACGCUGUCUUCUCCUCCACCCGACGGACGGCAUCCCCUCUUCCUCCGGUAGCGGAUGACGGUAAGCAGUUGGCGUCGCAGCCACAUGGUGAGGCGGAGAUGAACGGCUGGGUGUUCGCUUGCGGGGAGGAGACGGCGUUUACUGACGGUGAUUUGUCGCCCAAGGCUGUCCUGUAUGGGUUGCCGACUUUUGAAGAAGCCAAAGAGGCUACUACUGAACUUGCAUUGGCGCUUGACUCUGCUUAUAUGUCGCCACUCAAGUCGGCUGGACUUGAUGGUGAAAUUGGUGCCCGAUCGCUCAUUGAUAACUCGAGCUCUACAUGCAUUGCACCUACAGUGCCAAUCAGUGCUAUUCAGGCCUUCAGGCUUCUAUGUGAAAACAAAGCAGCCCAGAAUGUGGUGGCUUCACUGGCCAGUGAUCCAAUUGUGUUUAAGGCUAUUGCAAGCAACCAGGCGGUUCAGAACUUUAUUCAAUCACAAAGGACCUGUUUUGCCAACACAGACGAGAAAUCAUUUGUAGAUAUCUCUGAUACUGCAUCUGAGAGUGGAGAAACCAAGCCAGUUACUGCAUUAUCGGAUAUUGUUCAAAAGCUCAAAUUUACGGUGGUGUACAUGAUGAGCAACAUGUCUGAUUACUUUCAGAACUUUUUCGGAGGUCCUGCAGUCGAAAAGUUGUUUCCAAGUUCAGAUAGGAAUACUAGUGCUGAGGCUGCUAUGGAAACAUCUUUUGUGGGGUUGGCUAUCAUGGCAAUCAUGGUGAUUGUUGUGAAGCGCCUCGGCACAGAAAAGGAGCUCUGGCUGCUGACGAACGAUCUCAUGUCUUUCAAGACUUUGCUGGAGCUCGAGUCAACAAGGUCAAAUAAAGGGACAGAAAUCAGGGAUGUUGAAAGGCAAAUCAAGAAAGUUGUGUAUGCCAUUGAGGACACAAUCGACGCUUGUGUGACUCGUCUGGCCGCAGCAGCAGGAACAGACUGGAAAAAUAUGUCCGGUCGCAGACGAGAUCUCGUCGACCCAGAUGACCUGGCACAUGCUGACCUGGCACGGCAGGUCAGGUCCCUUAGGAAAGAUGAGCUUGAAUCUGCCAUGGACAGGCUCAUUGGGACUGGCAUUACUAAGGUACCAACUGCAAAACUGAUGGAUCGAGACAAGCUAGCAAAGCUGGAGCCAAGGCUGAAAAGGGUACUAUUUCUAUAA